GGGCGCUCACACAGUCAUGGCGGCCUUCCGCGACAUGGAGGAGUUGUGCCAGGGGCUGCUGAGCCUCCUGGGCGCCAACCACGCCGCGGCGCAGCAGCGGCGGCUGCUGGGGCGCCACGGGCAGAUGCUGGAGCGGCUGCUGGAGACGCAGGACGGCGCCGAGCAGCAGCUGCGAGAGAUCCUCCAGGCAGAGAAGGAGGUGGCCCAGAGCCUUCUUGAUGCGAAGGAGCAGGCGUGCCAGGCGGGUGCUGAAUUGCAGCAGAUUGAAGCCAGGCUUCAGAAGGCCAGCGAGGAGGACACCCACCUGAAGGCCAGCCUCCUUCAGCUCACCAGGGAGCUGGAGGACCUCAAGGAGGUGGAGGCCGAUCUCGAAAAACAGGAGAAGGAGGUUGACGACGACACAACGGUCACCAUCCCUGCCGCCAUGUAGGUCCCACACAUGCCAGUAUGUGGCUCAGCUUUAUCACCGAAUUAGUAAAAUCGAGUGGGAUUAUGAGUGUGACCCGGGGCUGAUCAAAGGCACUCUACCAGGGAA